AUGCGUGCACACGUGCCCUUUUCGCUUCAUGCAGCAGACCCACUCCACCAUGCCCAUCCACUGUUCUCCAUGUGCGGGCCGUGUGCCUCUGUUUUCGUCGUGUUGCCAGUCAACAAGCGGCUCCUCUCUCUUGCAGGACACACGCACACACACACACGCAGACAAGAGGAUACAAGCGUGGCAAUGAAAACGCUCGUGAAGCGACAGCGGUCGAAGUCUGUGCACGAAGCGAGAUCGCAUCGCACUUCAGGGAAGGAAAGCACCACCUCCUCGCCCUCGGCGCCCUCGCCAGCGUCAUCUCACACCUUGGCGGCUGCCUCCGACAUAGCCGCCACAUGCUCAGCUACCGCCUCUGUGCCCGAUGGUCGAGAGCCCUGCAAGAGUGCCCUUCUCGUUGUGAGUACCUGCCACGCUGUCAUGGCUGGUCUCGUGUACCGUAAGGAGAAAUUCUACAUAAAGUUCUCGGUGAAGCGGCACGUCGGUCGUGUAAACAGUGUUGCAGUAACGGAGCGCUAUAUGGCUAGCAGUGGCGUCGACGAGCGGGUUUUUCUCUUCACAAACAAGGCCGAGGAGCGCCUGACAGCAGCGGCGCGCAAGAAGAUCCGGGAGGCUGGCGAGCCCCUCGCAGUGCGGCUGGCUGAUCUAGGCAGCAUCGCGCCACCAUCUGAAGUCACCGCGCUUGUUUUCGCGGACGGCUCUCAGCACCUCCUGUGUGGCUGCUCUGAUGGUCAGCUGCUGAUCUACCGCUGCCGCGACUGGUCCGUCAGCACAACGCUCACGGUGCACGAGAAAGCUGUUGUUGGUCUUGCUGUGCACCCCGGCAGCCACGGCAGUCUUGCCGUCACCGUAGGAGAGGAUCGUGUGAUUGCCGUGCUCGACCUUGUGAAGGCGAAGCUGCUGACGAAGUGGAAGUACAACCCCUCUCUUGCAGCUGCUGGCAGUGUCUCUCGGAAGUCUGAGGACGACGCACAAAAGCAGGCGCAGAGGCCGUCUGUCUUUGCUUCAGCACGCGAGGAACCCGUCGGUGUUUUCUUCUCUCCUCAGGGCACCCGGCUAGUCAUCUUUAGCCGCUUCUCCUUUGUCGUCUAUGAGGCUUCUGUCAUGCAGCCCAUCUGCAGCCUUCGCUAUGCCAACCCGCAGCCACCGGACGAGAUGCACCACUUCGCCUUCUUCUCCGAAGCGGAGCUCAUCGUGGGCACCGAGGUGGGCGCGCUUAAAGUGUGCCGCAUUGAAGGAACUCCCGAUAAGCCGUUGAACAUGACGGCGCGGUUGGUCCCGAUCCCCGUGACAUAUCCAGAGAGCGUGCGCGCAGCGGCGGCAGCGCUGUUGGCGACGCCGGUGAAAGUGGACGUGGAAGCCCGCCUAAAAAACCCGUUGAGGCACAUCAACCGUGUGAAGGCACUGCAGGUGCAGGGCAGCACCAUCUUCUCCAUCGACUCCAGCGGCAUUGUGAUUGCCUGGAACGCAAGGAUGACGGCAGAGGACCGGCUGAGUCUGCAGUACGUGACGAGUGCCAACUGUCAAGGACGCGUAACGGGCAUGGAGCUCUACCCCCUUCCUGUGUAG